UGAGUCCAUGUCGCCUACAUCUGCUUCUACUAAGAACAAAGUUCCAGUAAUGCCGACCUCUGUUUCAUCCCCUGCCACUGCGACCCUCUUAAUAUCAUCUGACAAGUCCAAAGCUUCGUCCCCUUCAAUAUUCACUGCUACACCAGCCUCAUCGACAACUUCCUCAGCCACAUCCAUCUCCACCUGUGCAACAGUUACAGCUGCACCUGAUCCUUCAGUCGACAACCACAGUGCCAAGAAUAAGAGUUCAGGUGAUUCUGGUAGUAGUAGUAGUGUCGUUUCUUUGAAGAUCAUAAUCAGCGAUAACCAGGAGGAGCAUUCAUCCGCUGACCCAGCCUUAAACCAGGCAGCUUCCAGUGUCUCUGGGAACAAGGUACCCACCAUUUAUCUUAACUCUCCAGUUAAAUCACCUGGAGUUCCUGGCACACCAAAGCCCAAGUUGGAUGAGACAGCACAGGUAAUUAGUAACUCUGAAGCCCUUCAGCCAAGAUCUUCAGAGGUGAAUUCUGCCAUCAAGAAAUCUGGAGCCCCAUCUCCAUUUACAGGGUCACCAGCUCAGCCAAGUUACAUAAUUCAGGUACCACUGGACACGACUAACUCUGUACUGCAAGGUACCACCACCAGCUAUUUCCUAGUGACUGAACCCCUGACUCCAGAUCCUCCAAAUAAGCAAGUGCUUGUGCCCACGGGCAUCUCAAAUGGACAGCCUUUGAUCACAAGCCAUUGUGGUGUGAGGACACCACCCGCUCUCAGUGUGCCUCUACAGCACUCAUCUUACAGUCGCCUGUUCAGCCUGUGAUGCUUCCUGUAUCUGUUAUGGGGAACAAUACCCUGGGGAAUGUACAGAUGGUGUCCAAUACGCUUGUUGCCAUGUCAAACCCAGCACCACUACAGCAAUCAAAAACUGUCAAAGCAAAACCUCACACUGUGACAGACAAGCAGUCAUCAUCUGGCCUUACACAAACUACAGAACAAAAUCUAAGCA